AUGGCUAGAGCAACCGAAGCGUCGAAGGAACAGAUUAAAGUCAUGAAUGCUAGGGCGCAGUCGAGCGAAGCAAAUCAGUCGGUAAAUGUUCUUCGAUAUGACGCCAAUCAAGGAAAAGGGCAGAUAGGUAGCCGCCGUGAAAAAACAAAGUCCGAAAAGUGUGGAUUCUGUGGUAUGGUUCACGCAUUAAGAUCUUGCCCGGCAUUCGGCAAAACAUGCAACUAUUGUAAGAAGACAGGACAUUUUGAGCGUGUGUGUCGAGCGAAGCAACGACAACGUGACUCUAGACCGAGAGAAGUGAAUGUCUUGGGGGAAUUCGAAGACGGCAAAGUUAGCGAGGAUGAUUUAUUGACAUUUUCAGUAGAGUCAAAUAACGAGGGCAGCUCAAAGAAUGACUGGCAUGUCCAGCUUAAGUUUGGAAAAACGGAUUUGAAUUUCAAAUUAGAUACGGGGGCAGAUUGUAAUGUGAUUUCGCAAUCGUCGUUUGAGCAAUUGUCACUAACAAAUACAAGAAUUUUCAAAAAUAAGAGCAAGUUGAAGAUGUUCGAUGGCCGUAAGAUAACUCCGAAAGGAAAAGUCAGCUUAGAGUGCGAGUAUAAAGGCAAAUUUACCGUGUUAGACUUUGUACUAGUUGAACAAGAUCUACCAUCGAUUUUAGGAUUAAAAUCCUGUCUAGAACUCGGGUUGGUAAAGCGAGUUUAUAGCUUGGAAGUGGACCCACCGAAGAUCGAAACAGAAUUCAGUGACGUUUUCGAAGGUCUGGGAGAGAUUAAAGAUGUUCAGUACCAGAUUAAGAUUGAUCCGGUGUCCAUUCCAGUGGUGCAUCCUCCUCGAAGAGUUCCUAUGGCCCUCCGAAAGCCACUAGAAGAAGAGUUGCGUCGAAUGGAGAAGUUGGGGGUUAUUGAGAAAAAGAAUGAACCCACCGCUUGGGUACAUAGUUUAGUCAUCGCCAGAAAAGCAAAUAAUAAAAUUCGAGUCUGCAUGGAUCCUAGCGAUUUAAAUAAAGUGGUUAUGCGAGAGCAUUUUCCUAUGCAGACCGUUGAAGAAGUUGUCAGCAGAAUGCCCAAUGCCAAAGUGUUUAGUGUUCUUGAUGCCAACCAUGGUUUCUGGCAGGUGAAAUUGGCCAAUGAAAGCAGUAACUUAGCCACGUUUAAUACUCCAUUUGGAAGGUAUAGUUAUAAACGAUUACCGUUUGGAAUAGCUUCUGCUCCGGAAGUAUUUCAGAGUAUUAUGUCGAAUAUGUUUUCAGAUAUAGAAGGAGUCGAAGUUAUCGUGGACGAUUUGGUGGUCUGGGGAGAAGACGUGACGAAACAUGACGAACAACUUCGUUUGGUCUUAGAACGCUGUCGAGAUAAAAACCUUAAGUUGAAUCCAGAGAAGUGUCGAUUUAGUGUCCCCGAAGUAAGUUAUGUUGGCCAUGUUUUGAGUUCAGAUGGACUGAAACCAGACCCCCGGAAAAUUGAAGUGAUUAAGGUUACAGGAUACCCUAGAACGUAAAAAUUUUGAAUUUUUUUUUCUUUACAUGUUCUUGUUGCUUUUGAGCAUACCUGUCGUCUGGACAAAAAUGUAAAUCAGUAUCUUUAAAAUUAAACAGGUUAUUUAGUAAAACGCAAUUGAAGUCUAUAUGUUUGGCGGGAAAUGUGUUUGACAGAAAAUCGACACCUUGUGCAAUCCAAUUAGUGUAUAUGUCAUCUCGUAUUCCGUUAUCACAACAUGCGGUUGUAGACGCACAUUUCUCUUGCACUGAAAUCUUUGCUGGAAAAUAUGCCGCGAAUAAAAGCUGAUUCUGGCAAAAGCAAUAAAACCCCUUUUUGCGGCCGUCGGAAGAAACUCGCACCCAAGACCGACAAUUUGUUCACAGAGGAGAGAAAGAAAUCACUGGCAGAAAAUGACCGUAAAACCAUUCUGUAGAGAUGAAUCAAUACCCAUAAAGGCCAUAAUUUAGAACAGUUUGCCUAAUAUUUACUAGCAUAAUUAUAGAAUAUAGUAUGUUUACAUGAGUAUGUUUAUCAUAAUAUAACAAUGCCUUUUAAAACAUGUUUUUAAACUUAAUUAUUAUAGUCAUAUUUGACUAACACUAUAAUAGUCUACACACAACUUCGGGAUCUUCAAAGCUUCACAAAAGAUGUCCAGCUCAAUAUUGUAAGCAUCUUAGAAGCAUAAUAAGAACAUUAAUUUGGCGACUUAUCAUUUUUGCCAUAUUUACUAAUUUAGCCACAAGUGCAUGACUAACUGGAAAACUGGAAAAGCUUUAUUAGAAUUAGCCCUUCCGUUCCCUGCGCGGCUUUUAUAGUGACCCUUGGCUUUGCGCACAGAAUAUCAAACUCACUUCUCUUAUCUCUCCUUUUACAUCACCGCGAUAUCGCUCAGGAAAUUUAGUACUUCACAGGAUAUCAAUAAGCCGCAUCCUUGGGACCGAUUCCCUGUUUCUAGAAAUGAACGGAAAAUGUAAUGACAUUUUACAAUAAAGCCUUUUAUUUCCAAAAACAUUACGAUGCGCGGCGUACUAAAAACGCAAAUUGUGCAAAAAUCCAGUGAACCAGGUGCAAUUAUGUAUAUAACGCGUGUGCCCAUCCACAAUGAAAAAAUACCGUAUAAUUCUAGGAGGUUUACCACGCUUCUUUAGCCGAUCUGCAACACCAGCCUCAAUAUUCUUGAUAAAGUUUGUUCCAUCGUAACUGAAGAGAAAGAACAAAUGCAUGGCUUUCUAUAACGUCAACUACCAAAAUAUCGUCAGAUCAAAAUGCGAUAAACUAAGUUUACUUACCCUUUAAGGCUUUAUCUUUCAUCGUUGCCAUUAGUUUUUCUUUGUGGUCCACAUCGCCAUCAUGGAUGGUUGGCCACAGACAAAGCCUGAAACGCCCUUAGAUAUUCGACCUUAUUGGAGUUACAGAGAUGAAAUAAGCGGUUAUGAUGGCUUGAUGUUUAAAGGAGAUCGUGUAAUUGUUCCACAUGUUCUUAGACCAGAAAUGCUGGAUCGGAUACAUGCAGCUCAUUUGGGAAUCGAGAAGUGUAAAGCACGGGCGAGAGGUUCAGUGUUCUGGCCUGGAAUGAAUAGUGCAAUUGAUGAAAUGGUGUCAGAAUGCAGAACAUGUUUACAAUUUCAGCGAAGGAAUCAGAGGGAGCCGUUGAUGCCGCAGGAAAUUCCAGAGAGGCCGUGGUCAACCGUUGCAGCGGACAUAUUUUAUUAUAAAGGAAGAGACUAUUUAUUGGUAGUCGAUUAUUUCUCGAAGUAUCCUGAAGUAACAAGGAUAAAUCACAAGAAUAGUGAAGCCGUCAUCUUGGCAAUGAAAGAAAUGUUUGCCCGUCAUGGCAUUCCAGAAAAAAUUAUAGCUGAUAAUAUGCCUUUCAACAGCCUUAGAUUUAGAGACUUUGCUAGAGAGUGGGAAAUUGAGGUGGUGACAAGCAGCCCACACUAUCCGCGUUCAAAUGGGCUCGUGGAAAGAAACGUUCAGACAAUUAAGCGUCUGUUGAAAAAAUCAAAUGAUUCGAAACAAGAUGCAUUUUUAGCCUUGUUGGAGUUCCGUAAUUCUCCAAUUAGUGGUAUGGAACAAUCGCCUGCAGAACUGUUGAUGAGUAGAAAAUUGAGAGCUAAGUUACCAAUUCCUAAGCAUCUUCUUAAACCUAAGUCACAGCCAAUCAACGAUGUUCGCCAGAGAUUGAGAGUACAUCAGUUGCGUCAGAAAGCAGCAUAUGAUCAGGGAACGAAACAGUUAUCCAGUUUACAGCCAAACGAGUCGGUGAGGAUUCGACAGGGAGGCGUAUGGAAUCCAGCCGUGGUCGUUGAACAACAUAAAUCACCUCGUUCGUACAUUGUGGCAACUUCAAAUGGAACUCAGUUACGCAGAAAUCGCCAGCAUCUAAUGCCAACUAACGAACCACCAAUGAUUAUUACACCACCAAUGGAACCUGUCGGCGAAGAAGAACGUUGUUCAGGUAUAGCUCCGAGUACCGUACGUUCACCAGUUCGUUCUCCAGUUAUAUUCCCGAGUACAGAAAUAGAGGAAGAACACGUACGAACACCAUUGAGAAGAAGUACAAGAGUUCGAAGGGCACCUUCCCGAUUGAUUGAGAACAUCUAG